AUGGAUGCAUCAAGUGAAGAGGCCGGUGAUGCGUUGUCAUCAGACCAGCCAAGUUCUUUUCCCAGCACGGUAAUUGGUCCCCAAGAUAUAACGAAGAAAAAACAUGGCUUGCCGUUUCUGUCUAUUCCUCCCAUCAGCACACACACUCAAACUAUAAUCCUACUCCAUGGCCGCGGUAGCAAUGGGCCCCGCUUUGGGCCGCCGCUUGUUUCUCCUCAACUAUCAUGCGGCAAUACUCUAACUCAAGAAUUCCCCGGCAUGAAAUUCAUAUUCCCUACAGCAAAGAAAAGGCGUGCUAUGCGUUUCAAUCGCACUCCUAUCAACCAGUGGUUUGAUGUAUGGUCCGUCGAUGAACCUUCGGAAAAGGAGGAGCUGCAGUAUGAUGGGAUUUGUGAGACCAGCAGGCUUUUGAAUAUCAUAAUUCAGGAGGAAGCGCGGGUUGUUGGGUUAAGGAAUGUGUUUUUGGGGGGGCUAAGUCAGGGAUGUGCAAUGGGAUUGCAUGUUUUUCUGAAUUAUCUACCUGAAAAUCUAUCCGAUGACUCCUUUGGUGGUUUUAUCGGAAUGAGUGGCUGGCUACCUCUUGCCCGACCCUUGCAGGAGAACGUUUGGUCUUCCACUGACGCAGGAGAUGAUGACGACCCCUUCGCCGAACCUUUGGAAGGCUCGGAGAGAGGAGGCGAGACACCCCAAACGUGGCAAAUCCGAGCCGCGAACUUUGCCCGCGAUAUCGCUGAUCUUCCUCCCUUGGAAAUGGAUACUGCGCUGCCGCCGUUUAUUAAGACUCCUGUCUUCUUAAGCCACGGGAGGCAUGAUGAGAAAGUCAAAAUGAAGCUAGGGGAAGAGGCCAGGGAUGUGCUUGUCAAUUUGGGGCUUGAUGUUACAUGGAAGGAUUAUGAAGAAGGGCAUUGGUAUAAGGUACCUGAGCAACUGGAUGAUAUUGCUAACUUUAUACGGAAGCGAACCGUCGACGUAGCAAAGGACCGAAAUAGCUAG